AUGGUACCUCAACAAACGGAGUCCCCUUCUCUGGAGCUAUCAGCGCUCACCAAGCUUAUCGAUUCUUCCUCUGCCUCCGGGCGGCCCCUCGCCGCAACCACGAUCCAGAUUCUCCACAAUCUCCAGCAUCAACAUUUAUGGACUUCCCUACAGAUCCAUGACAUCUCGACCCCCUCCAACGCCACAGGUAUGGGGAAUAUUGAGGGUUCAAUCUCAACUGCAUUCGAUACUCCGCCAACCCUGAUAUCGGGUAUUCCCCCACAUCGCGUGUACACACACCCCGACGAGCAGCUCUUUAUGCUAGAAAAGGGUAUCCAGGAAGAUGACCUCCAGCCAGAAAGGCUGUUCGUGAUUCCCACUGCCCAGGGGCAACCAUGGAGCCUGCGGCGUAUGGCCGCGGUCUUUGAUGCGUUGCCUAGUCUUGAGUCUUCGCAGCGCGAGCCAGUGAUAUCUACCGAGGCGACUGAUACUGUGGAUUCCGAAAAGGCAAAGAAGCUCGACGAAUAUUACGAGAGAAAGGGACACGCACGCGUCACCAAAGAGUGGGGCACCAAGCGAGUCCUUUUGGCAAUGGUGAACAAGGGUAUGGGUGGAGAAGGGACAGUGGUCUACUACAUCGUGCAGGAGGGCGAAGUCAAGCCUCGGCAGAACUAA